AUGUGUAGCACACAGAAGAGUUUAAUGGCCACCGAAUACUCGACAGAGGUUCGGAUGGAACCUAUCGAACACAGAUUCAAUCCCUAUCAAGAUAAUGGUGGCACUAUAUUGGGUAUUGCUGGAGAAGACUUUGCCGUUUUAGCAGGAGAUACUAGACAAACUGUUGGUUACAGUAUUGAUUCCAGAUACGAGCCUAAGGUUCAUGAUGUUGGAGAUAACCUAUUACUUUCAGCUAAUGGAUUUUCUGCCGAUGGUGUUGAGUUGGUAAAGGUGUUUGAGAGUCAGUUGAAGUGGUACCAUUUCGACAACAAUAAAAAGAUGCUUGUUCAUAGUGCCGCCAGAUUGAUACAGCAUAUGUUGUACAAAAAGAGGAUGUUCCCAUACUACGUGUCCACUAUAUUGGCUGGUCUAGACGAAGAAGGAAAAGGUGCUGUCUAUUCAUUCGACCCUGUUGGCUCUUACGAGAGAGAACAGUGCCGAGCAGGAGGAGCAGCAGCAUCGUUAAUUAUGCCAUUUUUAGACAACCAAGUGAAUUUCAAACACCAAAUGGAUCCGGAGAGUAAGGGAACCAAGAGAAGGCCCUUGAAAUAUCUCUCGUUGGAUGAAGUGAUUGAAUUGGUGAGAGAUGCAUUUUCAUCAGCUACAGAAAGGCAUAUAGAAGUUGGUGAUGGAUUACAAAUUUUGAUUGUGACUAAAGAUGGUGUCCGUAAAGAGUAUUAUCCUUUGAAAAGGGAUUGA